CACAAAUUGGCGCUGGCUGCCAUGCGUAGAAUACUGUCCUUACUGUUGUCUGUCGGCUGCUUGGCCCUCUACUCAUCCGCCACUUCCGACUAUCACGAGCAGCUACUCCUCCGACCUCUACACCCCUCCUUGCUGCUUGCCUCGUUCAAUUUUCAGAGCAAUACAAGCUUGGCCUCUUUCGAACAGCAGAAUUUCAGAUACUUUCCAAGAUCCCUGGGCCAAAUUUUACAACAUGCAAACACCCGCGAGCUUCAUCUGAGGUUUAGUUUGGGGAGAUGGGAUGCUGAGAGCUGGGGAGCACGGCCUUGGGGAGGCGCGAGAGAAGGGGGCACAGGUGUGGAAUUAUGGGCUUGGGUUGAAGCAGAGACAGAUGAAGAGGCUGAUGGACGAUGGUUGACAUUAACAAAUGCUCUGUCUGGCCUUUUCUGUGCCUCACUAAACUUUAUCGAUUCUACAAGAACUACACGCCCGGUCAUGUCAUUCCAGCCGACCGGAGAUCAUUCAAACUCUACACUCUCGGAUUUACACCUACUCCACGGGACGUUGCCGAGGGAGGUUGUAUGUACGGAGAACUUGACCCCUUUUUUGAAAUUGCUGCCGUGCAAAGGAAAGGCGGGAAUAUCAAGUUUGUUGGACGGGCACAAGCUGUUUGAUGCAUCCUGGCAGAGUAUGUCAAUUGAUGUGCGGCCUAUAUGUACGCCUGGGUCCGAUGAUUGCCAGCUUCAAAUCACGCAGACUAUUGAUAUGGUUUUGGAUAUUCAGAGAUCCAAGCGUCCAAGGGAUAACCCAAUCCCACGUCCUAUUCCCGAAGAAGAACUGAAAUGCAACACCUCAAAACCAUACCAUUCAGGUGACACCUGCUUCCCUCUUGAUGCAGCAUCACAAGAGGAAGACUGGAGCUUAUCCCAGAUAUUUGGACACUCUCUGAAAGGAACAUGUUCGUUGGCCCAGGACGGGGCCGACCCUGUAUGUGUCAAUGUGCCACACGCUCGGCACGUCUAUGCUUCCGAAGGUGCCCUUGAAUACAAAGAUGCCUCGGGGUAUAGCCGAUGCUUCAAAAUUGCCCCGGACAAGGAUUUCGAACUUGUCUUACCUCAGCAAGAAAUUUCCGAGAAGACUCCCCUGGAACAGCCACUACUCUACGCGGAGCGCUCAUUCAUCGGAUAUGGACAAGAACGUGGAGGAGUCCAGGCUAUCCUAACAAAUCCUUCCCCAACCGAAGCUGUGGAUUUUGUUUACAUGGAGUCCUUACCCUGGUUCAUGAAACUCUAUCUACAUACAUUGAGAGCUAAAAUCAACGGUCUCGACGAAGAUAUCAUCAAAGAAAUGUACUACCGUCCAGCUCUAGAUCGAAAACGAGGCACACAGCUUGAAGUACGGAUCGUCAUCCCUGCCAACUCGACCGUCGUUCUCACUUAUGAUUUUGAGAAAGCGAUCUUGAGGUACACGGAGUACCCACCUGAUGCGAACCGCGGUUUUGAUAUCGCGCCUGCCGUCAUAACAAUUGGAGAUGUGGCGAUACGGACGACGAGUUUGCUAUUACCUCUUCCGACUCCGGAUUUCAGUAUGCCGUAUAACGUGAUUAUACUUACGAGCACGGUCAUGGCGUUAUCUUUUGGGUUUGUUUUUAAUCUAUUGGUAAGGAGGUUUGUGACGGUGGAUGAAGCUGAUCAGUGGGAUUUCAGAUCAGUGAGAGUGAAAGUUGCGGCGUUUUUGAGAAGAAUUUUGAAGAAGAAGGCGAAGAAGAUAGAGAAGAAGGAGUGA